CGAGAAGUCAAAUCUCGGAGAUGAUCCUAUAAGGGACAAUGGAUGGUGCCACCGGCCGCAAGUAUUACCAAUAGGAGUACCAUCCCGGUUGUAUACUCAAGUUUAUUUGUAAGCGUGCACCAUUUUUGUUCAAUACAAAUAUCCAGCCUGUUGCUCCUUUCUUCGACCAAAGUUAUAAACCUUGAAGACAACAAUGACUGGUAAGCCAAUAAGACAAAGUAAACUAUUCCAACCAAUUAAGGUAGGAUCUUUCGAAUUGAAACACCGUGUUGCUCAUUCACCAACUACAAGGUUACGUGCUGAUGAAAAUAACGUUCCAAGUGACUUGCAAUUGAAGUAUUAUACCGACAGAACAACCAAACCAGGGACUUUGGUUGUUAGCGAAGCAGCUCAGAUUACCGACAAUGAGUACCGCUAUCCUAAUGUUCCAGGUAUUUGGAAUAAUGAUCAAGUUAAAGCAUGGAAAAUUAUUACUGAUGCAGUUCACAAGAAUAAAUCGGCUAUAGCUUUACAACUCUGGUCUUUGGGUAGAAUUGCUGAUCCAGAAGGAAUGAAAGAGAGAGGUUUCAAACCUUUUGCCCCUUCUGCUAUUUACGAAAGCGAAGAAGUAAAGGCAAAAGCUGAAAAAGUUGGUAAUACCAUUCAUGAGAUGACUGAAGAUGAAAUCCAUCAUUUGGUUAACCAUACUUACGUUAAUGCUGCUAAGAAUGGUUUAGCAGCAGGGUUUGAUUUCAUUGAAAUCCAUUCUGCCAAUGGUUACUUGUUAGAACAAUUUAUUAAUCCCUGUUCUAAUAAAAGAACAGAUAAAUACGGUGGCUCAAUCGAAAAUAGAACCAGACUCACCUUAGAAGUGAUUGACGCUUUAAUUCCAAUUGUUGGAGCUGAUAAAUUGGCCGUUAGGUUUUCACCUUGGUCAACUUUCCAAGGUAUGUUAGCUGAAAAUGAUGAAGUUCAUCCAAUUGCUACUUUUGGUUAUCUUGCAAGUGAAUUGCAAAAAAGAGCUGAUACUGGUAACGAAUUGGCUUAUAUUAGUCUUGUUGAUGGUAGAUUCGAGCCAGAUGGUGAAAGAGGAGUUGAUAAUACCUUUUUCAAACAAAUUUGGAAAGGUAAGUUAUUAAGAGGUGGUAAUUACACCUAUGAUGCUGAAAAUUGGGAGACAGUCUUAUCAGAUAUGGAUGAUGAUAGAUCAAUUGCUGGUUUUGGUAGAUUAUUCAUUUCAAAUCCUGAUUUACCCGAUAGAAUCGAAAAUGAAAAAGAGUUGAAUCCGUAUGAUAGAAGUACUUUUAUGGUUGCUUCCACUAAUAAAGGUUAUAAUACUUAUUCAAAGCUUGGUGAAACUAUUGAUGUUGAAACUGAAUCAAAAAUGAAUGCUAUUGCUUUAGUUUAA